UGCAACCCGCUGCAGUUGUUUUUCUUAUAUUCCGUCAUACUUUAGUAUGCUUAUAGCUUCGAUGGGCGUAGGCACGUAGUUGAUUAAUAUAAUUUUUGUUUUUAAUAACUUGAUGCGUUUUUAUUUCAAAUUUAUAUUAUAAUUAUUUUGUGUCGACAAGUCACUUUUUUUAUAAAUUAGUGUGAAUGUAAUAUUUUGAACAUUGUCUGGUAGACAUUUGUGAGCAUUUGAUUAUUAUGUGGGUUUGAUAAAAGUCACAAUAUGUCACAAAAUUCACGUGAUACUGUUAUCCAUCUUGUGGCUGGAGGGCUCGCUGGCACUACCGGUGCAGUCAUAACUUGUCCACUAGAAGUUGUCAAAACCCGGUUACAAUCUUCAUCCAGUUUUGGUUCGUCAACUUGUGUGUAUGUACCAAAAAUUGCAACUGAUGAUGGGGGUCGUGGUCGAAUGACAUGUAAGACAAUAUCAUCGUUGCAUAGACGAAGAUAUAAUACGUUGAGUGGUGCUGGAGGGCGACACUCCAGUACACAAAUAUUAACUUUUUCUCAAUGUGGUGUAGGCAGCCAAACAACAAAAUCAAUGGGUCUUGUUGAAUGUCUAAGGCACAUUGUAAAAACCGAAGGACCAAAGGCUCUGUUCAAAGGACUGGUGCCCAACAUCGUGGGUGUCGCUCCGUCCAGAGCCAUUUACUUCGGGGCUUACUCACAGUCCAAAAAGUUUUUCAACAACGUACUUAACCCGGACACACCGAUUGUACAUGUACUAUCGGCGUCUUCUGCAGGAUUCGCAUCAUGUUCUGCAACAAAUCCUAUAUGGCUAGUCAAAACGAGACUGCAGCUCGACUUAAACAAAAACGGCCAAAGACUCACAGCCGGCCAAUGUAUUAGGAGGAUAUACAGAACCACUGGUAUUAAGGGUUUUUACAAAGGCAUCACAGCAUCAUACUUUGGAAUAUCCGAAACUGUCGUACACUUUGUAAUAUACGAAGCAAUUAAAGCGAGACUGAUAGCCGCCCGGACAGGAAUCAAACAUCCGGACGACAAAAGCAAAACGUCCAAAGAUUUCCUUGAGUUUAUGAUGGCCGGCGCUACAUCUAAGACUAUUGCAUCCUGCAUCGCCUAUCCUCAUGAAGUUGCCAGAACGCGGCUUCGCGAAGAAGGCACCAAAUAUCGAAGCUUUUUUCAAACUCUUUUUACUGUAUACCACGAAGAAGGGCCAAGAGGACUUUACCGAGGCCUUUCCACACAGCUGGUCAGGCAAAUACCUAACACGGCCAUUAUGAUGGCCACGUAUGAGGCGGCCGUCUAUUUAAUGACAAACUAUUUUCCCGAAAAACCUGAUAUUUUCUAUGAGGAUAGUGACGACCGAUAUGAAUGAUAUUUUAAACAUCUAGUAUUGAUUAUGAUACAAAUGAUCUCAAAGUGUCGUUAGCAAAAACUUUUUAGUGAUUCGAUAUAGCGCAACUGAAUCUUAUAAUUGCUUCCAGUACGCGUUUUUAGUGUAUAAAAUUGAACGUUAAUCUGUGCGCUAAAUAGUCAUCCCAUCAUUUAAGCACGAGCCACCUUAUUUUAUACUUGUAUACAUCUAUACUAUAUUUAAUAUUACUUUUAAAGUUAACAAUUUAUGUCACGAUAAUUUAUUUUGUUUUUCAUACCAAGUUAAAUUUGUUUCCUUUCUAGUUUGUAUUUUUAUGAUAUUUAUAUAAUUAUUCAUUUGUUAACAUAAUUAAGUUAAUGCGUUAUACUACUCUUGUCACCAUUAAAUUUGUAAUAUAGAUAUCAAAUUUUGAUACUAAAAAUUAAAAUAUUUGUCUCAAAAUCAAAAUUAUUAUUAUUUUUUUAAAUGAAUAUUGUUUUUUAUUUGUAUAAUGAAGUAAGCCUGACUUUUAUUUUUAUACAAAAUGUAAAAUAAAUGGAAUUGUGUAGUUAGUGCUGAGUAAUAAUUAUGAAACACCAUGUAUUUUUAAUACAGCAAUUAAGAUAAAUGAGCUAUAAAUUAGUUUAUAGAAUACCAUCAUUCUAUGUAAUUUUUAUGUAAAACUGUGUUCUUAAUUUUGAGAAUUGUUUUUAUCUGGUGAUUUAGAAUACAAUCCUAAAUAAACUUGUUUAAAAUGUU